UAGCAAGUCACAUGAUAUCAUAUUCACUGUACAGGAAACUAGAUGCAGACAGUGUAUUUAAUCUGAGCAUAACAAGCAGUGCUGCCCAACUGACAGGCAGAGACUUCUCACCCUAACUGCCACAGCAGGGGCACCAACAUGGCGUGGACCUCCUACCAACUGCUCCUGGCAGGAAUGAUGCUGAUAACUGGAUCCAUAAAUACGCUGUCAGCUAAGUGGGCAGACAAUUUUAGCGCUAAAGGAUGUCAUGGUUCAGAAUCACAUCAGUUCCAGCAUCCGUUUCUACAGGCGGUGGGUAUGUUCCUGGGGGAACUCUCCUGUCUGGGAGCUUUCUAUAUACUUGUGUUCAGAGACAGACGCUUACCUCAGCCUGUGCUGGCACAAUCGCAGCCCUUCAGUCCUCUGCUUUUCCUUGCGCCUGCUCUUUGUGACAUGACUGGGACCAGCAUUAUGUAUGUAGCUCUCAACAUGACCAGUGCGUCCAGCUUCCAGAUGUUACGAGGAGCCGUCAUCAUUUUCACAGGGCUGCUCUCUGUCGCUUUCCUGGGAAGGAGGUUGGAAUGGAGCCAGUGGUUAGGAAUCUUCAUCACCAUCGCUGGUCUUGUAAUCGUUGGGUUAGCAGAUUUGAUAAGUGGUUCCAGCACUGGGAAAAGUCUCAGUAGUGUCAUUACAGGGGACUUGCUCAUCAUCAUGGCUCAGAUUAUUGUAGCAGUGCAGAUGGUUCUAGAAGAGAAAUUUGUCUACAAACACAAUGUGCACCCGCUGCGGGCUGUGGGCACUGAGGGUUUCUUUGGGUUCAUUAUUCUCACUUUACUCUUGAUCCCAUUUUACUACAUCCCAGCCGGAGACUUCAGCAACACUGAACGUCAAGUCUUGGAGGACUCACUUGAUGCUUUCUGCCAAAUGGGCAACCAGCCCCUGAUUAUCCUAGCUCUGCUGGGUAACAUUAGCAGUAUUGCCUUUUUCAAUUUUGCUGGCAUUAGUGUAACGAAAGAAAUCAGCGCCACCACUCGCAUGGUUUUGGACAGUCUUAGGACCGUGGUUAUCUGGAUCGUGAGUCUUGCUGUGGGGUGGGAGAGGUUUCACGCACUGCAGAUCUUGGGAUUCAUUAUACUCUUGCUGGGGGCUUCUUUAUAUAACGGACUUCACAAGCCCCUGAUGUGCAAAAGAUGCAAAGAUCAGAACAGCGAAACGCAAAGCCUUCUGAAUGGUGAACAGACGCCAAUCAAUGCUGACUGCUGAUGUUUUAAAAGGGAAAACUAUCUGGUAUAGGGCAUAAGAUGUAUAUAUUUUUAGAAACAAAGCUGAACAUGGUAUAUUCUGACUGACAUCUUAAAAUAGCAGGGUUUUUUUUUUACAUAUUUUUUUAUUGUUUUGUUCUGGCUUAUUAUGGAAGAUGAAUCCAGGGAGAGGCAUAAUUAGAUAUGUUGCCUUAGCUUAGAGUCAGAGCAGAAAUAUUGUCAGCAAAUAAAACAGAUACAGGUGCACCUUCUUUAUUAAAGGGAUACUGGACCCAAUUUUUUUCUUUUAUGAUCCAGAUAGAACAUGGCUCGUAAGCUUACAUUCCUGCUUUUUCAAAUAAAGAUACCAAGAGAACGAAGAAAAAAUGAUAAUAGGAGUAAAUUAGAAAGUUGCUUAAAAUUGCCUGCUCUAUCUGAAUUAUGAAAGUUUAAUUUUGACUAGACUGUCCCUUUAAGGAUCCCAUCAUGUUCAGUUUAUUUUGUAGCAGUGAAGAUUUAUAUUGUUAGAUUAUAGAUAUUAUACUGUAUGUAAAUUGUAAAUGGAUGGGAAUUUGGUAUAUCCCAUUUUAUUUUUAUUUUUUAUUUUUUUCACUUUUAAUGUGUCUAUUUGUGUUUUGUUGAACUCGCAGCCUCCAAUUUAUUUGACCUUUGAACUCGCUUGUACUAUAUAUGUCACACCAUUCAUACAAUCUUUAGAAGACCCAGACUACUUCUCACACUAUGUGCAGAAGAGAGCCAAUUGCUUCCUUGCCACACACCACAACCGCAUGAACCAAUCAGGGAGGAUUUAAGAAAUACAGCCUAAAAAGACCAAACUGACAUACUGGUCAUUGAUGUGCAAACCCACUGGUCAUUAAGGUGUUAACUGAACAGAUUACUUGAAGAUCAUUGCUAGGAUUUAAUGCAAUUAAAAAGGACAUUUUAAUGUUUUUGUUUUUUCUUCUUCUAAAAUGUGAUUCUUUAAAAUGAUGUCUUCCUUUAAUAACUGUUGGUGCGCUCAUGAAACCAAUGUUUUGAUAUCUGGAUUUGCAGUUGUGCCCCUUUGUGCUAAUAAAGCUAUGAGAGAUAUCAGUUAUAACUAAUACAACAGUAUCAUGUGUACAAACACACAUUUCCUGCUUGUUUUAAUAUAAUAUUUGCUUUGCUUGCUCCUCUUUCAUAUCCAUAAGACUAAACCAUUUAAUAAAAUGCCCCAUUGUCAAAGCUUUAGUUUUGAAAGUGAAAAGAGUCUAUAAUCGUGAUAUUUAUACAACAGCUCAGUGCACAUUAGUACACAGCCCUGUACUAAUUAGAAGCACGUUAUAAAUAAUAUAUGUUUUUUUAGUAAUGAUAUUUAUUGUCCUCAGAAGGAUGAAGGGUUAUUUUGGCUCCUGUAAAGAUUCCCUGCAAAUCAGAUUAGCGGUGGUGUAGCUGGCUAAUACAGACCCCCACAAACAGUCCCAAAUUUUCCAGGGAUUGCCCUGCUUUGGGAGGUCUGUUCCAUAUUACCAACAUUUCCAGAAGGCAUUCUGGGAGAUGAGAAUGCAGUGGUCUACCAGUAUUUGUGGGACAGUGCCACGUUAGACGGAGCAAGGUUGCAGGAGUGCAGUAGGCGGAGUGGGCAAAGCACAUGUUGGAUUGGACAGGCUCAGAUAUGACAUUGGCAGUUCCUGGAUACUGGGACAUUUGCCUUGAUGGAUGAAGUUGAGGGAGGGCAGUUGAGAUAUAUGUUGUGUCCCUCCUACCACUUAUUUUACCAGACAGCAGCACCCUGAUCACACCACCCUUGGCCUGGGUUGCUGAAUUUCCGACCCCACCUUCCUAGUUUUAGAGGAAAGAAAAGAAUGAAUGCUUACACAGUUACACUAAUGGCAGCAAUUUGAUGCAAACAAACUUUUUACAUUUUAAUGGACUAAAAAUCAUUAUAGUAAAUCCAUGCUUCUGCCUCAUAAACUGGGGACAAAUAACUAUCACUUUAAUAAGACCUUUGAUUUAAUAUAAAUGUUGUUAAGUUGCUGUGCACUAAUAUGGCAACUUGUUAGGGGACCCACUUAAAUAUUACAAGUUCUGUCCAGUGAUCCAUCAGAUGCGCAUCAGGCGGAGCUCAUGUAGAGCGGCAGUGGAAUUAUUUUUAUUGUUUCAGAAUCCUCUGAAGUGGUCCAGCAAACAAGUUCAGACAAACUCUAAGGAGGGAAGGAAACUCUUUUUCAACAAAAUUUUGGAAAUUUGUGAAAAUAUCACCUUUUUGCUAACUUUUGUGUAAAAUAAUGUAUAAAGUGCCUGUGUUUUGUUAAUUCAGUUUUGAUAAAUGUUUUUUUAUAUGUUAUUAUUGGGGAAAAAGAACAAAUGUUUUUGUUUAAAUGGACAUUUUUAUGGCCAAAGACUAGAAGAAAACUAGGGAUGGGCGAAUGUGUUUAUAUUCGAAUUCGAAUGUUAGAACAAAUUUUAUUGUAGAAAUUUUAUUUACAUAAUAGAAUGUUGAUAAGAACGAAUAUUCUUAAAAAUUCUAUUUUUGAAUGUUAUUUACAGUUUUCGAAUCUGACAUUCGAAUUCGAAUGUGACAUUCGAAUGUCACAUUCGAAUAUUACCUUUAUAAAACACAAUUGUAGACUAGAAAUACUAUUUUGAAUUUGAAGGUCACAUUCGAAUUCGAAUGUCACAUUCAAAUUUGAAUGUUACAUUUUGAAAUUGAAUGAAUACAUAGCUAAACAUUCUAUUAUUCGAACGAAUAUUUUCAAAUUUUAUUGAAAAAUCCGAAAACAAUUUUAUGUUAUAUAAACAUUCGAAAUUCGAUUUGAAUGAACAAAUGUAUCACAAUUCAUUUUAAAUUUCACAUUUUUAGAAACAUUUGCCCAUCCCUACAGAAAACCCCGCUCUCUGUAUUGAUUAAUGUUUGCUGAGUCUGCACAAUCUUAUAGUAAGAUCUAACAAGUGCCAUAUCCUUAAAUCUUUCAUGGUUUAGAUAGAGAAUACAAUUUUAAAUAACUUCCAAUCUACUUCUAUUAUCUAAUAUGCUUUAUUCUCUUGGUAUUCUUUGUCAAAGAAACAGCAACGUACAUGCAUGAGACAAUAACAUGAGAUAUAUAUGCAGUCGCCAAUCAGCAUCUCCUGAACCUACCUAGGUAUGCUUUUCAACAAAGGCUACCAAGAGAACAACACAUAUUAGAUAAUAGAAGUACAUUGGAACAUUGUUUCAAAUUGCAUGCUCUCUCUAAAACAUUAUAGAAAAAUCUUGGGUUUCAUGUCCCUUUAACAACAUUUACUGCACUGCAGAACUGAAUGUUCUAUUCUUUGGCCAUUCUCAUUGCGUUAUUCUCAAAAGCUGCAAAAUAGGGUUUGCCAUAAGUACUUGAGAUUUCAUGCUCUUAAUUGCUUGUAUAACAAUGUAUUUAGUAAUAGGAUUUUUAUUAUUUAGAGGUUUCAUUUCUUUGGAAAAUGGGUAUCGGCAAGCUAAGGGGUCACGGGUAUUUAUUGGAUAUGUUUGAAGUAUCCUUGCUUCUCUCAACACAUUCACUGUCUUCAUCUGAAGAUCUAAUUGAUCUGUUUUGUAAUUUCUGUCGGUAAUUAGGUUAUUAGAUACAUAUGUUACUAUCUUAGGGAAAAAAUUAUAGAUGCAAAGAUAGGAGAAAAUACAAGUUUAGCUUCACUAACAAAUGCAUGUUUUGACUUGUAUUUAAUGCAGUUUGUAGAAGUGCCAUGUGCAGCUGUGUUCAUUUUUGUAGUGACAGCGAUCUUAAGGUUUACUCUAUUUUUAGGCAUUCUCAUAGGAGCUACAGUCUUCUAGCUGUUAGCUAGCAGUGCCAGGAAGGUUUGAUGAAUCAGGGCUACUGCCUAUAAAAUGUGCCAUACUGUUGACACAAGUGUACCACUCUUGUAUACUGCAGAGAAUAAGAAUUGUGUGGUGAGAACUUUUCUCCAGGUUAUGGGUUAUAACAAAUUGUGUAAUACAGUUUAGAUAUUCAUCUUAAAUAUAUAUAACUUUUACAGAUACCUUGCAGAUUCCAACUAGUCUUGUGAGAGCCAGUCAUGGUUGCUUUUCUUUUUUUAAAUAAAUGAUAUCUGGGUAUUAUCCAUGUUUGUAUCUUUUAUAUUUUGUGUAUUCUAGGGCAUUGUUUUUCAACCGUGGUUCUCAAGUACCCCAACAGGCCAGGUUUUUAUUAUAGCUGAACUAAUGCGCAGGUGAAAUAAUCAGCUGAUGGGUGAGAGCAAGUUGGCAACCAUGGUUACUGAUCAGCUGAUUAUUUCACCUAUGCUCUAGUUCAGCUGUAAUAAAAACCUGUCCUGUUGGGGGUACUUGAGGACCGCGGUUGUGAAACACUAUUCUAGGAUAUAUGGUUGCAUUCUCCUAUAGUGAUUAAUAUUGUUUAAUGUAAGACAUUCUUAUGAAAUCAUAACAGGGUUGUAUUUAGUUAUUAUAAAUUGGGUUAGCCCUUAUAUGAUGUUUUAUGUUUAUUUUUUGUCUUUUUUUAAACUCCUGUUCAUAGUGAUGUCCAUUAAAUAAACUGUAACUAGCAAA